AUUAGUCUCUCCCAAACAAAGUUCAGUACAAAUACGGAAUCUAAAUUCUUACUCUAGAAAAAAAAGAAAAAACCCCGAUUCCAUUUAUUUAGAAACUAGUAAAAUCGAGUAGAAAAUAAAAAAAGAUCUGGGAUCGGACUGCAAACACACUCUCACACAACAAGUGUGAUUUGCGGAAACUCCAUAGCUAAAACCCUUCAUUUUCGAGAUCGAGCGCCAUGAUCAAGAUAUCUCUCUGUUUAUUCUUGGUCUCUGUUCCGUUUUUCGCGAUCAUAUGCUCCGCAUUCUCUGAAGACAGACCCACGGAUCGCCGUGUUCUGGUCCUGCUCGACGACUUCGCGAUUAAGUCGUCGCAUUCCAUCUUCUUCAAGUCGUUGGAGACCAGAGGAUUUGAUCUCGAUUUCAAGCUAGCGGAUGAUCCAAAGCUCGCUCUGCAGAGAUAUGGACAGUAUUUGUAUGACGCCAUUGUUCUCUUCGCCCCGACAAUUGAUCGGUUUGGCGGGUCCGUCGAUGCUGCGUCAUUGCUAGAAUUUGUUGAUUCCGGUCAUGAUUUAAUUCUGGCUGCCGAUACAUCGGCUUCAGACUUGAUUAGAGAGAUAGCUGUGGAAUGCGGGGUUGAUUUCGAUGAGGACCCAACAGCUAUGGUAAUUGACCACACAAAUCAUGCAGUUUCAGAGACAGAAGGGCAUCAUACAUUGAUUGCCAAUGAUGACUUUGUUAAUUCCGAGGUUAUCUUGGGGAGCAGGAAAAUAGAGGCUCCUGUUCUGUUUAAGGGAAUUGGUCACUCUAUAAAUCCUUCAAGCAGCUUGGUGACAAAAGUUCUCUCUGCUUCACCAGCAGCAUACUCGGCAAAUCCAAAAUCCAAGUUAUCAAGUCCUCCCACUUUGAUUGGUUCAGCAAUCUCUUUGGUUUCUGUAGUCCAGGCAAGAAACAAUGCUCGGAUUCUGAUAUCGGGUUCACUUACUGUGUUCAGUGACAGGUUCUUCCGCUCUGGAGUACAGAAAGCUGGAAGCACUACCAAACAUGAGAAAUGUGGGAAUGAGCAAUUUUUUGUUGAACUUAGCAAAUGGGUGUUCCAUGAAAGAGGUCAUCUGAAGGCUGUGAAUGUAAGACAUAAUAAAGUUGGUGAGACUGAUGAACCUUCAAUGUACAGAAUAAAAGAUGACCUGGAAUACUCCGUGGAAGUAUAUGAGUGGUCUGGCAGUAGUUGGGAACCAUAUGUGGCUGGUGAUAUGCAGGUUCAGUUUUACAUGAUGAGCCCAUAUGUUCUGAAAACCCUGUCAAGCAAUGAGAAGGGCCUUUAUUAUACAUCUUUUAAGAUUCCCGAUGUUUAUGGUGUUUUCCAGUUCAAAGUUGAGUACCAGAGACUUGGGUAUACUGCCUUAAGUCUAUCAAAGCAGAUUCCAGUUCGACCUUUCAGACAUAAUGAGUACGAAAGAUUCAUACCUGCUGCUCUUCCAUAUUAUGGAGCAUCUUUUUCGAUGAUGUCGGGGUUCUUCGUCUUCACCUUGGUCUAUCUGUACACAAAGUAGCGCGAUUUGGUUGAUGGCGAGAGAUGAGAUUAUGCAUUCGAGGCUCGAUUUUGCAACUGAAAUGAGGGAGUACUAUCAGAUAGUUGCGGUAUUGGUAGUAGAUAGUAUGUGUGAGUCGUGCUUGAAACAUUUGGAGCAAACGAAGCUUAUAACCGCUGAGACUUGUCAACAUUUUCUUAGUAAUUAGAAGAUAGUCUUCACACUCCUUCACUUGCAGACUUGUUUUUGUAAUCUUUGAGAUUUUGGUUCUUCAUUUCUUUAAAUGUUCCCUCCGUGUUCCUAUUGCCA